CGCACCAAAAAGCAACCACGGCGUCGCUUUGAAGCUGGCCAGCGCCGCUCUGCGGUCACCUCAUAGCCAAAAUGCCGUACGACCCACUGCUGCCGCCGCCCGAGGUCAACAUCCUCCUGCUGGGGGACGACGAGGUCGGCAAGUCGACGUUCCUGUCGCGCCUCUCCCUCGGCAUCCGCCCGCACGACGACGACCUCCCGCCGUACUCGCUCCCGCAGCUGCGCGACGAGGACCAGCCCUUCACCUUCAACGUGUCGCUCUACAACCGCGGCUACUCGCUCGCCUUCUCCGACACCGCCUCGCCGACGUCGUACACGCUCCUGCGCCCCGACUUCAUCGUCCUGUGCUACGACAUCUCGCGGCGCGCCACGCUCGAGUCGCUGCGCGCGCGCUGGCUGCCCGUGGUCAACAGCCACUUCAACUACGACGAGGCGCUGCCCGUCAUGGUGCUGGGGCUGAAGCGGGAUCUGCGCAGGGAGUGGACCGACGAGGAGAAGAGGGACGGCGGCCGCGGCGAGUCCGUCAUGCCGCAGGAGGGGCUGGGCCUCGCGACCGAGAUGCUGUGCGAUCGGUAUGCCGAGUGCAGCGCGGUCACUGGCGAGCUGUGCAAGGAGGUGCUGGAAGAUGUGGCGAGGACGUGCGCGAAGACGACGACGGAGAAUGGCGCGAAGAGUCAGGUGGCACAUUGCGUUCUUAUGUGAGCUGCUGCGGGACGGUCUUCUGGCACGUCCCAUCUAUAACAACAUAUGAUCUUGUAUUCAAGCGGGAUCGGACUUGGUGAUUGACCUUAUAUUGCCGCUUCGCUCGCCUUCAGCGCCCCCACCACCGUGAAAGCCAGUACCGGAGAGACAACAUAACUG